AUGGGUUUGCUCAGUGUCGACCUGCUCAUCAAGCUGCAGAUCCUGCCGGGUUUCUUCUCCAGCUGCCUGUUCCUGGCGGUGUACGAUUCGGUGGUACUGCUGAAGCAGGCAGUGUCCCGCCUGAGCGGCCCAGGAGCUGGGGAUGGAGUGCCCCGCAUGCUGACGGUGGAGGGGAUGCAGACGGUGUGGAGGAGCUUCCUGCUGGACGCCGCCAAGCCGGUGAGGCCGGGGGGCCAGGCCCCCAACCCUCGGGUGGUGAGGCUGGGCGAGCGGCAAGGUGAGGCGGAGCGGCUGCAGAGGGUGGGAGGCCUGGCGGAGUGCCACCUGCUGGAUUUUGCCAGCCCUGGGCGACCCUUGGUGGUCAACUUCGGCUCGGCCACCUGACCCCCCUUCGUGGCCAGCCUGCCAGCCUUCUGCCGCACGGCGGAGGAGUACCAGGCUGGCGCUGACUUCCUGCUGGUCUACAUCGAUGAAGCUCACCCCUCAGACGGCUGGGCUGCCACCUCGCCCUUCCAGCUGCCCCGUCAUCGCACCCUGACCGAGAGGUGUUCCGCCGCUAGCCUCCUCCUCCGGCACUUCCCGGUGCCCCCCCAGUGCUCGGUGGUAGCCGACUGCAUGGACAACGAAAGCAACGUGGCGUACGGCGUUUCCUUCGAGAGGUUCUGCAUCGUGCAGGACGAGAAGAUCGUGUACUUGGGGGGCAAGGGGCCCUUCUUCUACAGCCUGGCAGGGGUCAGGGCAUGGCUUGAGCAACACUGUCUGAAACAGGGGGCAAAGGUUGGCAACGACGCCCCCCACGACCUCCCGGCUCCCAUUCCAGCUGCUACCCACAGCCCUCAACUGGACGUAUAA